AUGACCUUCAUAGAAAGCGGCACGCACGUGUGGAAAGGUUAUCUGUUGGCAGUCCUGUUCUUCGUGAUGACCAUUCUAGACAGCCUUCUACUGCAGCAGGUUUUCCACAUUGGCAUGAAUGCCGGAAUGAGGAUGAAGGGAUGUAUCAUAGCUCUGGUCUAUAAGAAGGCACUGACGAUGAGCAGCCAAUCACGUAAGCGCACAACCGUGGGCGAAAUUACUAACUUAAUAUCGGUCGAUUCGCAACGUUUGCAAGAUUCGAUCGAAUAUUCGUAUGCGCUGUGGUCAUCCCCGCUUCAGAUUUGUCUAUGUCUCUACCUACUCUACGGCAUUUUAGGAGUCUCGGUAUUUGUCGGUAUCGGUAUUUUGGUACUCUUUGUACCGAUUAACUGGUGGGUGACAAGUAAACAAGGAUCUGUAGAGGUGACUCAGAUGGGCAUCAAAGAUGAGAGGAUCAAGCUCAUGAACGAGAUUCUUAAUGGCAUUAAAGUCAUAAAGUUAUACGCCUGGGAGCUAUCAUUCCAGGAGAAAGUGAAUGUGAUCCGAAAUUUGGAGUUGAAAACUUUGAAGAAGUAUUAUUACUACGUGGCUGUCUCCAUAUUCUCGUGGUCCUGUGCCCCGGCUCUGGUGAGAUGGAGUCAUGCUUUCACGGCCCUGUCUCUUUUCAACAUUCUCAAAGAGCCCAUGUUUAUGUUCCCAACGAUGAUGUCCUACAUCGUUAUGGGUUUCGUGUCACUUCGUCGGAUUGAGAAAUUCCUCCAAUGUGCCGAUGUCAAUCCGAACAACGUCAUCGAAUUGGAGGAAGAUAAGGAUGAUGAUAAAGAUAUUAACCUGAAGGUGAAGAAAAAAUCGCUGACUGCCAUUGUAGGCCAAGUUGGGAUUGGCAAGUCGUCCUUGCUAUCAGCCAUGCUGGGUGAUAUGGAGAAAAAAGGGGGUCUGGUUACUGUCAAGGGGCGCAUUGGUUACGUAUCCCAGCAAGCAUGGAUUGAGAAUGCAACAUUGAAGGCCAACAUACUCUUCGGAAAAGAGUUUGACGAGGAGAGAUAUAACAAAGUUAUCGAAGCAUGUGCACUAAGACAAGAUCUCGAGAUCCUGCCUGGAGGAGAUAUGACGGAAAUUGGAGAAAGAGGCAUAAACUUGAGCGGUGGUCAGAAGCAGCGAGUGAGUAUGGCGCGCAGCAUCUAUCAGGACUGCGACGUCUACCUACUUGAUGACCCCCUCAGCGCCGUGGAUGCUCAUGUGGCAAGGCACAUUUUCACGAACGUCAUUGGUCCUCGAGGAAUGCUUAGAGAUAAAACUCGAGUGCUUGUCACGCACGGAAUCGCUUGGCUGCCGUCGUGCGACGUCGUUGUGGUAAUGGCCGCCGGUGGCCUGAUAUCAGAGUGUGGCUCCUACAGAGAUCUGCUGAGUCACAACUUAGUCUUUGCGAAAUUUAUCAGGGAUUUUUUACAAAAGCAUGAAAACGACGACGACGAGGAAGAUGAGGAGGAAGAUGGUGCUCUUAGAAAAAGCACUGAUGGUAUGAACGAAAAGUUAGUGAAGCAGUUUCAUCAUCGUCGUCAUCAUCACGAUCAUCAUCACCAUUUUCAUCAUCUUAAAUAUUUCAGGAGAAAGUCUGAGAGUUCGGCGGAUGGAGUCUUGGUGGUGGAAAGGAAGGUGGAGAGGAUUAUACAGGAAGAAGUUGCUGAAACUGGGCAGGUAAAAUGGCCGGUCUACUGGACAUACAUCAGAGCCCUCGGGAAAAGAUUCAUAAUAUUCCUGAUUAUAUUCAUAGCGGCCAGGACACUGCCCUUACUGACCAAUGUCUGGCUAAGUAUGUGGACCAGUGACCCGAUUAUCAAGAACGUCACGAUCUUCACCAACCAAUCAGAUGUUUACAAAGAUCGAGAGAUGGUUUACCUGUGGGGCUAUACGGCUCUAGGACUUGGGCAAGCCGUCCUAAUCCUGAUGUAUGCAAUGUUGUCGGCGGUUGUUAACGCUAGAGCCGCACGUGUCUUGCACGAUGGAUUACUUAAGAAUAUACUGAGGUGGUUUACUCAUUCAUUUAUCGCCGAUGACAUUUUUCGACACCACCCCCACUGGGAGAAUUAUAAACAGAUUUUCCAAGGACGUUACCGUUGUAAGUCGCGCUUUUACAUACCGACGAACCGGCAAUUGAAGAGAUUGGAAUCAACCACUUUAUCACCGAUCUACGUACAUCUCAGCGAAUCCAUAGCGGGCACGAGUAUCAUAAGAGCCUUCAAAAAGCAGGAAGAUUUCAUCGAGAAGUGCUAUCGUCUGGUCGAUCACAAUCUACAAAUGUAUUUUGCUAAUAUUACCUCUAAUAGGUGGUUGAACUUGUUGCUCGACUGCAUGGGAGGUGUUGUCGUUCUGUCGGCUGCCAUCUUUGCAGUCAUGGACAGGGAUGUACUCUCAUCUGCAUUCGUAGGGCUGUCCGUGUCUUCGGCUCUCAGUAUGACCGUGACCUUAUCGUGGUUCAUUGAGAUGGGCAGUGAACUUGAAAGUGCCAUUGUCUCCGUCGAACGAGUGAAAGAAUAUUCAGAAACCCCAACUGAGGCGGAUUGGAGCAAGGGCUCAUUUGACCUUCCAUUGACCUGGCCUAGUAAGCACGACAUCAUCUUUCACGACUACGGCUUGAGGUACAGAUCUGGACUUGAGUUAGUUCUGAAAAACAUCAACCUAGAUAUCAAGGCAAAAGAAAAGAUAGGCAUAGUGGGUCGUACCGGGGCUGGAAAAAGUUCUUUGACCUUGGCAUUGUUCCGAUUGAUCGAACCUUCGGAGGGGUGUAUCAGAAUCGAUGGGGUUGAUAUUUCCUCUAUUGGUCUGCAUCAGCUGAGGUCAAAACUCACCAUUUUACCGCAGGAUCCAGUGAUAUUUUCAGGCAGUCUUCGAUUCAACCUGGAUCCAACCAAUCACCACACAGACGAGCAGAUAUGGACAGCUCUCGACCACGCCCACCUAAAAACAUUUGUGGCCAGUCUGUCCGGAACACUGGAUAAUGAGUGUGGAGAGGGGGGUAGCAAUCUGAGUGUCGGUCAGCGACAGUUGCUAUGUUUAGGAAGGGCCCUACUACACAAAACUGGAGUCUUAGUGCUAGAUGAAGCUACUGCUGCUGUCGACCUUGAGACAGACAAGAUCAUCCAAGAAACGAUACGAACCCAGUUCGAUGACUGCACGGUUCUUACCAUAGCCCAUAGGAUAAAUACAAUACUCAAUUGUGAUAGAGUGCUAGUGAUGGAUGGAGGCAGAGUUGCCGAGUUCGAUUCCCCAGAGAGUCUACUGGACAAUAAGCAGUCGUUGUUCUACGCACUGGCAAAAGAUGCCAAUGUUGUCUCGUGA